AAUUCCGUCCACAUUGAACGAUGAAUGACGGUCGACGAAGUCACGCCGAACAACUCAGCCGACCAAUCAGCGACGAGGACGACGACGAAGAGGUUGAAGAACUGUUCUUCGAUAACCGACGACUCAGCGCCUCCUCAAAUUUGAUUGGCUAUCAGUCUCCCUUCGGGAAACAAGUCGUUCCGAUUGGCUACGACUACCCGGAACAUUUCCACCCAGAUAUUGGCCAUACUGCUGUGAAGCGGCGGGCUAGUUUUGACGACAGUCCUGAACAAUAUUUCAGGAGCUACCCGAAACUUCCUCCUCGCGAAUGGAAGGCCAAGCACUGCACAUUCUUCAAGAACAGAAGCAACAUUAGACGUCCCCUUUGGGUGAGUGAUGCCAAGUACAGAACCCUGGAUAAUCUGCUGGAAGACUUGACGGGCAAAGUAGAGUUGCCUUUGGGGGCCAGGUCAAUGUACACACCGCAUGGAGUCAACCAAAUAAGAUCUCUGGACCAAUUGGAGCAUGGAAGGAGUUACAUAGUGUGUGACUUCAACCAGCCCAGACCCAUAAUGGCCCCAGGAGGAGGCCAUAGCUACGCGAACAGUCAGGCCAUACACCAGCAGAACAACUGGAGGUAUAAUGACAGACGCACCAACUCGCAGAAGGUGUUUGCGACUCGUCUGACUGGAAAGUACCCCUUGAACUAUUUCCAGCUGCAAAAGAUGAAAAACAAAGGGAGACCCAUGGAAAUGCAGCCAUACAACAAAAGAACCGGUGGCAUUAAAGAAGAUCUGGACAUGCAAGAGCGAACUCCUAAGAAGAUCACAGUGUACAGAAAUGGAUCCACGACUGACAGGAAUCUAAUUCUACUGAACAGGAGAGCGAACAUUGAGAUGGGGGAUUUCUUGAGGGAUUUGGGGGAGAUGUUCGGGUGUCCCUUUGAUAAGUUGUUCACACCAGACGGAAAGAAGGUGAGUUCGAUGCGCGAAGUGUUGACUGGUUCGUGCUCAAUCUACAUAGCAGUGCCCCCCUGUGAGAAGCUGAGCAGACCCCCCGGAGUGUUGAGACCCAUUGGGAACAGGAGGGGACCCAGUGACUUGCAGUCGGUGGGAGGGGGGAGUGUGUUAGGAGGGGAGAAUAAUCUUGUUGAGAGGCCGUUGCAAAGUAGGAGAGAAAAAGCAGCCGGAAGAUGGUUGGUCCGAGUUCGCACAGAUGAAGAGCCCGCAGCCUCAACCAGUGCCAGAGUGUACAUUGUGGUGUAUGGGGACAAGAGAGACAGUGGUAAAGUGCAUUUGGGAUCGGGGGAGGAUGGAGACUUGUUUCAACCGGGGUCUACUGAUGAAUUUCAGAUGACAAUUGGCAAAGUGGGUUCUAUCUUCAAAAUUAGAGUGGGCCACGACAACAGUGGGGACCACCCGGACUGGCUGCUAGAUGACGUCACACUUGUUGACUCAACAGGGGAGAGGGAGUUGUCUUUCCCAUUCCACAGGUGGCUGAGUAGGGAAUUAGACGAUGGUCAAAUUUGCAGAGAGGCUCCUGUCUACAAGAAAAACGGAGACCGAUUGUACCCACUGGUGUACUAUGAUGUGGAAGUGCACACGGGCGACGUUCACUCGGCCGAAUGUGAGAGAGCAGACAUCUUUGUGAACAUAUUCGGGGAGAGGGGAGACACGGGGGAGAGGAGUCUAGUCAACCCUAAGAGGGACAGAGACAGCAUGUUCAGACGAAAUCAGGUUGAUAAGUUCAAGAUUGAAGCGGUGUCUCUGGGUCGCAUCAAGAAGAUAGUUGUCGGACACAAUUCAACAAAACCAG